AUGUCCGAACUAUUUUCUGAAAGCCAAGAAUCGAAGACAGUCCCCUACUGCCACGACCGCCCUCCAGAAUACGAAUCAAGCCAGGCCAGCCAAGAUGUACUCACCUCUGUUAUUGAGAACGAGCAUACUCGCCGGAUGUUAGCCCAAGGGCUAGAGAAUUUUGGGACAGAGUGCCUUACCUUGGCAGAGAAAAUUCCCACCGACACUGAUUACCAUCUGCUUGCAGAGUUAUGUUCAGAGAUGGGUCGGUUCUGUGCAGAGGCAAUGCAUACGGCUACAGAGUUGGCAAAUAUUUAUAAGGAACGCACUGUUCAAAACACCGAGCUCUAUACCGCUAUGUCAAGACUCACUGAUAGUGAGUUCAACCGGACCUAUGCUUCUUUAAGGCCGGAUCCAAACCCGCAGGUGCAACACGAGCUGGCUAAGGACUAUAAGGACCGCAGCGACUGCUAUGAGAGAGAUUGUGGGUACAAUUCUCAUCCCUAUUUGGAGACCAAACAAACAGAGAUAGCUGGAGAUUGCACGUGCGACUCUCCGUGCUCUUGUGACCGGAUCUUCGCGCUCUCGCCAAAGAUGGAUGAGAUCAAUGAUAAACUUGGCCAAAGCCUUCAAUCCCAUGAUACGGCCAAUAUUUCGAAGACGACUCAUGAUGCUUCCGCAAAGCCACCCAGGAGCUUUUGGAAGAGAAUUUUGAAACAUUCAGCUCGGCCUUAA